CCGGGCGUGUGUGUUUAGCUACGAGAGAGAGAGGGGGAGCUGGUGGAUGGGAGAGGGAGAGAGAGAGAGAGAGCUCUGUGAGCAGACUGGAGAUCUCGUUCCGGUCCCUGAUAUUCGGACACUUUCAGCGCAGGAGCGUUGAGCAGAGCAGUAGACCACUACACUUUACUGAGGUCUCUCUCUUCUUCUUUUUCUUUUCUUUUUUUUACAGAUAGCAUCUGAUCCCAGGCAGGUGCCUGUGUGGACCCGGGCUGUGAGGGGUGGGGGGAGAGAGAGAGGCAUGAGGAGCGUGUCACAGACAGCUCGGCUCUAAAGCGGAGCGCAGUUAUUUCAGCGGUGCGUGCUGUGCCUCUGUAGCGCCUUCUCCUUCUCGCCUCCACAUCUUGUUUUCAGGCUUGAGGAAACUAUUAGCCCAAACCCUGCCUGGUAUUUAUCCGCAGGUGUGACCACAUUUAUUUAUUUAUUUUUUAUUUUUUUUAAAGUAUGACAUCAGUGCCGAGCGUGGGCUGGGUUAUUCACAUAUCCAAAGACGGAAUACCGGGAUACUAUAAAGGAGUUAACGGAGUGCUUCUUUUACUACAUCGCUGCCCUUUAUGAGCAGCGACUGACGACUGUGUUUCUCUCUUUGUGUCUUUUCCUCUAAAAUCCUGGAAUGGGUGCCCAAGCAACAAGCGACCGUGGCUGCGUGCAGCGGCAGCAGCAGCAGGAGCAGCAGCUCUGCGCACACUUAACCAGGGAUAACGCAUUGGUGAAUCAGUCGCUGAGGUUGGUUUGUAUGUUUGUGUGUGCAUAAAGGCUCUACCUUGCGGGAUUACACGGGUGUUAUACCCCGACACCUGCCUUUAUUCUCGGGUAAACGGGUGGUUCUCUGCGCUGGAUCGAGGACAGGGAGGAACUCGGUUGUUGGAUUUGUAAAACUAUCCUAAAGUGCCUUGCACCUUGCAGUGGUUCUACAUUUUAUUUUCCCAGUCGGAGUCUGUGGCGGAGCUGCUUUGAUUCAACUGUUCGCGGGAAGGGAGACAGAUCAAAUCAUGGGGAGGCACUCUAAUAACCUCCCCCAACUCAAACCAUGUUUUACAUUCCGGGUGUUGUGGAUGGUUCAAGCCUUCCUGGACGUGGCCGGCUCCCAGGAGAUUUACGCGCCGCACUCGAUCCGGGUGGAAGGCGACGUGACGCUGGGGGGGCUCUUCCCGGUUCACGCCAGGGGGGUCCCGGGGAUACCGUGCGGGGACAUCAAGAAGGAGAACGGCAUCCACCGGCUGGAGGCGAUGAUGUACGCCCUGGAUCAGAUUAACGGCGACGAAGAUCUGUUGCCCAACGUCACCCUGGGCGCCCGGAUCCUGGACACCUGCUCCCGGGACACAUACGCGCUGGAGCAGUCGCUGACUUUCGUGCAGGCGCUCAUCCAGAAGGACACGUCGGACGUGAGGUGCACCAACGGGGAGCCGCCGGUGUUUGUCAAGCCCGAGAAAGUUGUCGGGGUCAUAGGAGCGUCGGCCAGCUCGGUGUCCAUCAUGGUGGCCAACAUACUGCGCCUCUUUCAGAUCCCUCAGAUCAGCUACGCCUCCACCGCUCCGGAGCUGAGCGACGACCGGCGCUACGACUUCUUCUCUCGGGUCGUCCCUCCUGACAGUUUCCAGGCUCAGGCGAUGGUGGACAUCGUCAAGGCCAUGGGCUGGAACUACGUCUCCACCGUGGCCUCGGAGGGCAGCUACGGGGAGAAGGGGGUGGACGCCUUCAUGCAGCUCUCCAGAGAAGCAGGUGGAAUCUGUAUAGCUCAGUCACUGAAGAUCCCUCAUGACCACAAACCCUCUGACUUUGAUAAAAUCAUCCGCCUGCUGCUGGACACUCGGUACGCCAGGGCAGUCAUCCUGUUCGCUUCUGAUGAGGACAUCAGGGGGAUCCUGAAUGCCAGUAAGCGAUCUGACCAGGUUGGUCACUUCAUGUGGAUUGGCUCUGACAGCUGGGGGGCCAAAAACAGUCCCAUCCACCAGCUGGAGGAUGCUGCCGUCGGAGCCGUCACCAUACUGCCAAAGAGAGCCACCAUCAGCGGGUUCGAUGCGUACUUCACGUCACGGACUCUGGAGAACAACCGGAGGAACGUGUGGUUUGCCGAGUACUGGGAGGAGAACUUCAACUGCAAGCUGAUGAGUUCCUCCAAGAAAGACGAGAGCAGCAGAAAGUGCACAGGUCAGGAGCGGAUCGGCAUCGAUUCCAAGUACGAGCAGGAGGGAAAGGUCCAGUUCGUGAUUGAUGCGGUGUACGCGAUGGCUCACGCCCUCCACAACAUGCAGAGGGACCUGUGCCCAGAGAACUCCGGCAUCUGCCCGGAGAUGGACCUGGCCGGAGGGAAGAAACUGCUCAAGUACAUCCGCAGCGUCAGCUUCAAUGGAAGUGCUGGUACUUCAGUGACGUUCAACCGUAACGGCGACGCUCCCGGACGCUACGAUCUGUUUCAGUACCAGUGGAACAACAUCAGCGGGCCGGGCUACAGGGUGAUCGGACAGUGGACGGAGAACCUGCAGCUCAACAUCGAGGACAUGCAGUGGCCUCGGGGCGAGCAGGAGAUUCCCAGCUCUGUCUGCAGCCUUCCCUGUAAAACCGGCGAGAGGAAGAAGGUGGUGAAAGGCAUGCCCUGCUGCUGGCACUGCGAGCCCUGCGAUGGCUACCAGUACCAGUACAAUGAGUUCACCUGCAAACUCUGCUCCUACAACAUGAGACCCAAUGCCAACCGCACAUCCUGCCAGCCUAUACCCAUCAUAAAACUGGAGUGGCACUCACCCUGGGCAGUGAUUCCGGUUUUCCUGGCAAUGCUCGGCAUCAUCGCUACGAUAUUCGUCAUGGCUACCUUCAUACGGUACAACGACACGCCGAUUGUCCGAGCGUCGGGCAGGGAGCUGAGCUACGUUCUCCUGACUGGGAUAUUUCUGUGUUAUAUCAUCACAUUCCUCAUGAUCGCCAAGCCAGAUGUUGGUGUGUGCUCGUUCAGAAGGAUUUUCCUGGGUCUGGGUAUGUGCAUCAGCUACGCCGCCCUCCUCACCAAAACCAACCGCAUCUACCGAAUCUUCGAACAGGGGAAGAAGUCAGUUACGGCGCCCAGGCUGAUCAGUCCCACCUCACAGCUAGCAAUCACCUCCAGCCUCAUCUCGGUGCAGCUGUUGGGGGUGCUAAUCUGGUUCGGGGUGGAUCCGCCCAACACCAUCAUAGACUAUGACGAGCAAAAGACCAUCAACCCGGAUCUGGCACGAGGGGUGUUGAAAUGCGACAUCACGGAUCUUCAGAUCAUCUGCUCGUUGGGUUACAGUAUCUUACUGAUGGUGACGUGUACUGUUUAUGCCAUAAAGACCCGCGGGGUCCCCGAGAAUUUUAACGAGGCCAAGCCCAUCGGGUUCACCAUGUACACCACCUGCAUCGUAUGGCUGGCUUUUAUACCCAUCUUCUUUGGCACGGCCCAAUCUGCAGAAAAGCUGUACAUCCAGACGACCACGCUGACCAUCUCCAUGAACCUGAGUGCGUCUGUGGCCCUCGGGAUGCUCUACAUGCCCAAAGUCUACGUCAUCAUCUUCCACCCGGAGCUCAAUGUGCAGAAGAGGAAACGUUCCUUCAAAGCCGUCGUCACAGCUGCCACCAUGUCGUCCCGACUCUCCCACAAGGCCAGCGACCGGCCCAACGGAGAGGCCAAGACGGAGCUUUGUGAGAACGUGGACCCCAACAGCUAAUUUCAUAAUUUAUCAGAGGUCCAGCAGCAAAGAAGAAAUACGUGAGCUACAACGACCUUGUGAUCUAAAGGCAAUCCUCCAUCAGAACGACAGACUGGAAAAGGGAAAAAAAGAGGAAAGAGAGUGAUAACAGUAGAUAUCUGGUCUCCUGCCCUGCUGGGUUAAAACAAGAAACAGGGGGAAAAAAAGAAGAAAAGGAUGUUUUAAGUUUUUUUUUUUUCUUUUUUUGGUCUCAUGUGCUUCACUGCCCACCACAGACUUUCAGACUCUGAAGCAAAGCCUUGUGGGAGUUUCCUUUGAACAAAGAAUUCGGGCACAUAGAUAUUCACUCGGUCAGUGAAAAAGUAGCAAGAAAGCAAAGAGACUAAGGUAAAGAAGUGUUUAAAAAAAGAAGAAGAAAAAAAAAAAGAUGGCAACGGGUGAUGUUUGGGAAAUUGGUCCGAAAAUUUAAAAAAAUAAAACCCAGAAUCUUUUUUGUUUGUUUGUGAUGAUCAUACUGAGAACGAACAAACGGGAUGCAUCAGCAGACAUCUCGCAGCCUCUGGGUUUUUUGGUGAACAGUCGGCGUAGCUCACGGGGCUCCAUGACGCGUCUCUCUGCCGUUGAUGUCAAGCGAAGCAGCCGUCUCGACCCCUGAUAUGACCCUUUCUACAGAGCCUGCCUCCUCCUGUCUCUUAAAUGUCCUUCCAAACUGCAAGUUUCCCGACCUUCCUGUCGACCCGUGUGUAGUUCUUUAUGGCUUAUAUGUUGGCCUAUACUUCAGUUGUUGGUUUUAUUUUUGGUUUUUAUUUUUAAGAUGAUUAUGACGGUGGUUUAUCUCUUUUGCUCUUGCUUCUUGGAUGCACAUUGUUUUUUUGUUUUGUUUCUUUAUUAAAGCCAUAUUCUUCGCUUUGAGAUUACGAGGGCUUUGCUCAUGCUGCCACCUGGAAUCUGAUUUUUGUCACUUAAAUGUCACGUGGCACAAAAAUCCAGACAUCCUUAAAAAAAAAAAAACACCCUCUGAAUCACCUCUACAUCUGAAACAAACUAUCAUCGGUAACAGAUUAGAUUACAGCCCUGAUUUACAGUGUGCUUAUUUAGUAGAGGGGUUUUCAAAGACACAAGACAAAAUUGAGACAUCAGCCGUGUCUGUGUGGUCAGAUCUGACUGAGUUACAAUCAUUGUGAUUCAAAUUGUGGCAACUGGGCUCCUCCAUGAGCCACAUCAGCCUCUGCUGUAGCUUCUGCUGCUGAACCGCGUUGUUGGAGAGCGGUCAAAUCAGUAUCCAAACUACAAUAGGAUACUGCCAAUAGCAUAUAACUGCUGUUUCAGAGCACCUGCAUGCACCCGUCCCUUUCACCUCCCUCGCUCACGUCUCUCACAGUUUGAAACCCUCUGCUGUAGAGAGAUACUUGAGAUCUGAAGUUUUCUAGGUCUUUAACUGUCCAACAUUAGGAAUGUGAUCAUAAGACCAGGGUGCCUAUGAAGCGGAUCUCCCGAGUCUGUGACUGGGAAUAAGAUCUGAAGUCACCUUGUUUUAUCAGACACUUGUAAAAACAUUAAGGCUGUGAGUUUUUAUCAUGGCCGUCCAAAAAGGGAUGAGACAGCGAGCAAAACAUCAGAGUUUAUGUUGGAUAGAUGUUGUUGUUUGUGAGUCCAAAAAUCAGUCGCCCGACAUGGUAGAAAAACCAGAUUCCUCAGCUGGCCGUGAACAUAAAGCUUGGAAGAAGAAAAAAAAAAAAAAAAAAAAAAUCGUGACCUUUUUGUUUGAACUGUUUGAAAUGUUUGUGGUCCCACAAUGAAAGCAUUCCCAUCCAACACGAGUGUACCUUCUCCACACACACACACACACACACACACACACACACACACACACACACACACACACACACACACACACACACACACACACAAACGCACACGAACACACACACAUACAUGACGACUUCUGCAGUGUUUCAUAGGUGUAUGAUGAUGAUGAUGAUGAUGAGCCUUAACUGUGUUGUUAGCUGACUUAAUGAGAACCUGCUUCAGUCCGGGGGGGGGGGGGUCGUCGCUGGAUUUGUGCUGGUGAUUUUCACGGACUUGCUGAUACAACAAAAAAGGUGUUGAUGUCGAGGUUGUCAAUGCAUGCCUGAUAUGUUCGAUGUUGAAACAGAAAAAAAAAACUUUUAAAAUAAUGAAAUUCUCACAACACAGUUGACUCCACCUGUCUGCUCUGAAUUGUACUGUUUUUUAUUUACUUUCUGUUUUCUUUUACCGUUAACUUCCUCUGAUACUUUCUCACACAGCAGAAUAUGGCUUUGAUUGGUUUCUUAUUUUCCUGGAAACUAUGGGAAAUGGAGAAAAAGAUGAAUAUAUAUUUAAAAAAACAAAAUACUUAAAAAAAACAAACAAAGGAAGCAUGUAUGUUUUUUACUGUUUGUACUAGGUAUAUUCAUGUUGCCCUUGCUGCUUAUGUGCCAAUGUUGUGGGAGAGAUUUACAUUUGGCCACUCAUGCAACUAUUCUGUGGUGUUGUCCAAGAAUGUAUCAACAUGAAAUAAAAAAAAACAUUUGGUUAUUUUUAUUUUAUUUUUUAUAUAUAUUCCCUGAGGAAAAAGCAGUUUGGUAUUGUGUCUUACUCGUAGAAAGCUAUUUUCACAUGAAUGGCCUUGAGAAAUAUUUAUUUAUAAUAUUUAUUUCACAUGGACGUCCAUUGGAACAAUGAAACAAUGAAAUCAAUGUGCUCUUCUUGAUUUGUAGAAUAUCAUGAUUUGCCUGAAAAAAAAAAAAAGAGUCUUGUCUCCAUUUUCUUUCUCCCUUUUCUUUGCUCUUAUGGAGAUUUAACAUGGUUCUUUUUGUGGAGAAAAUGGGCAGUGAAAAAAAAAAACUGUUGGGAAUAAAAAAAUAAGAGAGAGAAUAUCUGAAGUGCAUGGGUGAUUUCAGAAAAUGAACCGCUCUAUCUCAAUCCCUGAGCAGCUUGUUUUUUUUUUCAUGAGGAUUUCAUUGAAUAUCAUCAAUAAAACUAAAAUCUACAGAUCCUGAA